AUGAUGACCCCUGCAGACCGCAGCAAUGAGGGCCCCUCGCAUUCCAAGUCAAUCGAUCACCGGACGAUCCACGGUACAAACAGCAUCCACGACGCGACCGAAUCCCCAUUUCCGAGUAUGAAGGAUCCUACAUAUCAGGAGGAACAACAGGUAUCAUCUAGCGGUGAAGGUUCUCAGAACCCGAAGACCCAGAAUGAAGACUCCGGCAAGGAACAGGAAAACGAGUCGACAUUGGAGCACCAAAUUACUGCAGGCGGAUACAAAGGAGGUUUAAGAUCGCCGGAGCAAGGGCUCGGUAUCUUGGUCGAACAAUCGCCGCGCGAUGAGAGCAACUAUGGACAGUUGUCCAUUGUAGAUGUCUACGAUGGUUGUCAAGCCAAAGCUGCUCUGUCUGAAAUGUCCGACGAACUUUCUCAAAAGCCAGAAAAGGAAAAUGAGAUUAUGAAGUUAUCUCCCGAGAAGAUCCAAGAGCUCACAUCCUCACCGGAAUCAAUACCUUACCGGCCCGCAGAGCCUGAAAGGACCACUGGCAGGCGAUCAGUGUCUGAUAAUAUCAAUGGCAAUGUUGUUCCCCCGCGACCAGAGAUUCCCGAGUUCGUUCUGCAGCCGUUAAAAGAGAUACUCCCAGCGCCAGAGCCUCUUCCGAAGCUGCGACCCAGCAAAGGGGUUUCUUUGGGUGAUGCCUCAGCACCAGCGAGCCCGGCUUUACCUCGUCACACCGAGAAAUUCUCUCUGCGUAAUCGACCCCACCCAUCUCGCACAGUCUCUACCCCUGGGUCUUCGCGGCGCCAACCACCAUCUACGCCAGUGAAUGAUAGGCUGGCGCAUACAUGGGCAUCGCGUGGGAAACAGGAUCGGUUUAUUCCUGAUCGUGACUUGAAGAGUCAUCUCAUGGGUCCGCCUCCAAUUAUUGAAACUCCGUUGACUUCGCCUUUGCCAUCGUCUAUCCCACUGCCUCCCGUGUCUUUACCGACAUAUUUGCAACUUGAACUUGCAUCCGGGAGGCCGUCACCGUUGUACAUUCAUCGUGAUGCGGCAAAUGACUUCCCGUAUGAAUCGUCGCGCGUCAAAAUCGAGAGACUCAUGAAUUUCCUCAUGCUACCACCAAUGCUAGAGCAGGUACUCUGCUUUGGGAGUUUGGCAUGUCUCGAUGCAUGGCUCUAUUCAUUCACGAUCAUGCCCCUGCGAUUUAUCAAGGCCAUUUACAUAUUGGCCGAGUCCUGGAUCAUAAACCUGGGAGCCGAGAUUCGAUUCAUCUGGAAAUUCGUCAUGAGUGGAAUUGGGCGCGUGUGGCGCCGACGGAACCAUACCCUCAAAGAAGAUCAAAAGGAGAGACGAGGAAGCGAGUCAGAUGCUAAUUCUCGAUUGCCUUCGAGCUCCUCUUCUGGUCUUGAAACAGCAGGGACCGAAAGGGACCUUCGACAAACUCACCCCGAGCCGCAAAGAACUAAGCAUCGGUCCUCUGAGUCUCGAAAAUAUCAUCACCGCCGGAAGAAGUCAAUGCCAUCGGCACUCAUGCCCGACGACAAAGCGGACAUCUUGACAGGUCUGCUUAUGAUAGCUACGUGCUGUAUCUUGAUGUAUUUUGAUGCCAGUCGAAUGUACCACUGGAUCCGUGGACAGGCCGCCAUCAAACUUUACGUUAUAUACAACGUGCUCGAAGUCAGUGACCGGCUUUUGGCAGCGAUUGGCCAAGACGUGCUUGAGUGUCUUUUCUCUCAAGAGGCCCUCGAGCGUCGCCCAGACGGGCGAAGUAAAAUCAUUCGGCCGUUCUGGUUGUUCUUUUUGGCCCUCGCUUACACUGUUUCGCAUGCCACAUCGCUCUUCUACCAAGUCAUGACGCUGAAUGUUGCCGUGAACUCAUAUUCAAAUGCUCUAAUCACCCUGCUCUUGUCGAACCAAUUUGUGGAAAUCAAGUCUACGGUCUUCCGCAAAUUUGAAAAGGAGAACCUCUUCCAACUCACCUGUGCCGACGUUGUGGAAAGGUUCCAACUCUGGUUGAUGCUUACCAUCAUCGCUUCGCGCAACAUCGUCGAAACCGGCGCGUUUAAUUUCAUCGGGAACUUUGGUCUGGGCUCUAAUCUUGCGGGCCAGUCAUCUACUAUCACCAACAGCACACCGCUGUCUACGCCUCCACGAACUGCAUCAUCGAUUUUACCUCAAGCGUUCACGUUCUUCCCCUCUUCAAUCAUGUCAUCUUUCAACAGCGUCAACUCAUUUAUCCCAACCCUCGCCCAGGUCCUGGGUCCGUUCCUGGUCGUUCUCGGCUCGGAGAUGCUUGUUGAUUGGUUGAAACAUGCCUAUAUCAACAAGUUCAACAACAACCGCCCAGCCAUCUACGGCCGCUUCCUUGACGUGCUAGCAAAGGACUACUACACCAAUGCUUUUGGCGAACAAAACCUGACCCGUCGCAUUGGUCUCCCCGUGAUUCCACUGUCGUGUCUCUUCUUCAGAGUUUCCGUUCAAACAUACCAGAUGUUCCUGGCGGCUCUGGUCCCACAACAUCCGUCAUCAACCGCAAUGGAAGCGACCUCCCUAGCCUCAAUUCACAAUCACUAUGUCCCCUCCCCUCUUCCUUCCGCUCCACCUUUGACAUUCGCAACCCUCCUCCCGGCAUCCGCCGCGCACGUCAGCGCGUUUUUCCGCACGUUACUAGAAAACGCGAUCCCAUCCCCUGCACAGUCAGUGCACAUCUUCACUGGCGUUCUCCUGCUGACCGGAUUCGUCGUUUUGCUCAUCUUUAAACUCCUGCUUGGCAUGGUCCUUCUUGCCUUCGCUCGCUCGCGCUACAGAAAAAUGAAAGGGCUAGAAACCGAGAGAAGUCAUUCACGUCCCUCCGAGAAUGGCGCACCUCGAGCCCGCGACUUUGAUGUCGAGGGUAGUCAGCGCGUUGGCGGAUGGGGCUGUGUCGAGGUUGGUGAAGAGAAGAGGAAGUUGAUCUAUGCGGAUGAUCCGGACGGACUACGAAAAUUAAGGGAGAAAGAGGACAAGGAUAAGGGGAAGGAUAAAGAGCUCAGUGUUGAUCAUGUCCAGCGGUACGAAAUGAUCGCCAAGAAAAUUUGGUGA